CUUGGAAGCUAUUUGAUGCGUGACCACGAAUUGUUCCCUUGUGUUCAAACCUUAAACGAAUUGAGGAAAGGUGUGCUUCUUAGUGGGAUUUGCAAAUGUUAUGGAGAAGUCAUAAAUGAGGGAGCCACCGCAAUUCCGAGAUUACCAGUGUGGCAGCACUGGCUAAAGCGGUGGCACCAGAAUAUCUCAUCUCAGCGACGAUGCCUUCAAUCAUAGCAAUCUUUGAUGCGCACACUGACAAAAAUCAUUCUGUGCAGCAAACAUCGCCUACAGGAGUAACUGAGAGAAUGCAGCAUUCGCUGUACCAGUAGAGAAGGAGCACCCUUUUGCUUAGACUUGAGACUUGAGAAUUGCACUCACUUACAAAAGAUUGGUAAGAAAAAGAGAGCACCUUCCCUUGGGGCUGCCUUCAGUUAUAGAACUGUGCAUUCUGAAGCAAUAUUGGCAUUGUUUCUGCCACCAAAGUGAGUUAUGUGUCAUAUGCUACUCGCCGCCUCAGAAGAACUUUCAUCAGGUAGUGUUGGCUCUUCCUUGUACGUGGAACCUUUCGUAGAACCUAGCGAUCAUAAAAGAAGAGCUUUGCACAAGCCAAGCAUCAAUUUAAGAAAAUCUUCCAAAUUCUUCCAAUGUACAAACUCCAAAACAUUUCCAAUCUGCUGUGCUACUUUGAGCUGAGAAAGCAACUUGGGAUCCAUAUCCGGAGCCGAUGCCAGAGCCACGCACAGCUCAACAUCAUUCACAUUUGCACAGGACAGAUCACCUAGUGAAAAUCUGAAGCAGUGGCUGACUGUCUUUGGGUGUAGAAUCUCAGAAAUUUUAGUCAAGUUGAACUCUAUGAGCAUCAGGGAGAGCUUCUGCCCACACAUUGGUAUCGUGGUCCUCAUCCUCAAUCGAGGUUGGGUAAAGAGGGAGAAAUUGCACCUAGGAUAUGGAUUUCAAGUCUGCCAGCUUAAGCUCUAAUUCUGGAGUUUUGAUUAGGAAAAUGAACAACGCAUCAAACGGAAUCUUGAGGGACAGAAAUCUGGCAUCACCAUGUUUGUUGCCCUUAUACAGAAGAUCCCAGACUCGGCAGAAUCCCACGCUUGAAUACGUCAGAGCUUUCAGCUCUGUGAUGGACCUGCAUUUUGAGCCAGCAAUGCAGGUUCUAGGAGGGGAUUGGUGUUGUGCUCUGGUUUUCAUUUUCAAUCCUGAACUGCUCUUGGAUUGUGUUUGUAAUUAGUGUGCUGAAUUAUGCUUCGUGUGAGUGUGAACCAUCUAAGUUUUUCCUGUCCAGUGUUUGGUGAUCAUGUGCAAUUUUGAUUUUGUUGUUCGAUGAAAUGAGUUAUGUGCUUGAGUCUGUGUGUGCUAGAAUGUCACCUUCAAGAAGCACCUGAAGCAGAAGCUGAAGCGCAAGGUCUAUUGCGACGGCUUCCUCUCACUCUGCACCUCCACCAGCAAGAGUUUUGGUUGAGUUUCUGGUGUGAGGUUCACUAUGAUCCCCUCUAUAAAAUACAAGAUGCUCCAAUUACCGAAAAAGAAACACUGGAUAUUUUAGAAGAAGCUGGUCGCUCACGAUGUUGGGACCUGCAGGAAAUGGGAACCAAAUUUAUACCGUCCCUAUACCUUACGUAUAUAGAUUCUGCAUUCCAAAUAGCACAGCUUGCUUUACAAUGCCUCCAAAUGACUCCUAACGAGUGGCCUUCCAGGACUAUAGUUGUGGCAGAACUGGAAUCAGUAGAAGCUGCCGGUGCCAAUAGAAUUCCAUGGGAUGCUUGAAUUCACUUAUCACGUCGUCCUUGCUUCAUGUGAUGUAAAUCAAAGUUUGUUGUUCCAUACUUUUCCAUUUUUCCCAGGAUUAAUCUCGGGCUUUGAAUGUUCAUUUCCAUUGUACCCUGUAGUUACUAGAGUUGUCUUUUCUUGUAAGUUCUUUGGAAUAUCCAUCGGGAUUGCAUUACUGCAUUAUAUCUUCAAAGAAAAUGUACGAUGGUACAUUUCAUCA